AUGAAAACAGGAAGAGCCGUUGAUCGGCAUUUCCUCACUCAGCACAACUGCCCCCUCCCGCGGAUUCCCACACUGGACCACCAGGGAAGCUGCCAGGACCACCCCCAAAAUGUGGAUGGCCAGCAUUAUGGACCUUUGAAGGAGACUCUUAAUCAUGUGCCACUCGCCAGCAGUCCCCAUGGAUCCAGUAAUAGAAACCCACCAAAGCGAUGUCCCCGUCCUCUGUAUUCCCGGGAUUCAAGACAGGAAGUUCACACCCUCCGUCACCAGGUUCAGAGAAAAACCUGGACUAGAAAGAAAGCCGUUGUUGAAGUUGAGACGGAUGACGAUGAUCCAUCUUGGAAGGAAGAAAGUCCCUCAGAGAUGAGCUCAGAAGGUAGACAUUUCCUUUUGUCUUCAGACUUUGAUGUAGAAGAUGAGGACAUCACAGGAAGUUCUCCAGAAGGAAACAUCCGUACUGCAAAUACCCGUCAAAGACGUAUUGGGUUGAAUAAAUCCCUAUAUGCCUCUAGCAAUGAGAAACCUCUUACUGAUACUCUUACACAGCCUAGCCUUGGACUUGGUGCAGGUGAAAUAUUCCCUUGUUUUAAAUUUGAAAAUUGUUUUCCUCAGAAGGCAGAAAUUGACCACCUCCAAAAGCUUCAUUCCACUAAGAAGCCAUUUCAGUGCACUGAGUGCGGGAAAUGUUUCGGCUUCAGGUCGCUACUGGUUAGCCAUCGGAGGAUCCAUACGGGAGAACGCCCCUUUCCCUGUCUGAUUUGCGAUAAACGCUUUGCGCAGAAAAUUACUCUUGAAAACCACAAGCGAAUUCACACGGGUGAAAAGCCCUAUGAAUGCACUGAGUGCGAAAAAUGUUUUAGAAGCCACUCGGUUUUGAUUGCGCACCAGAAAAAACAUAAUCGCAGAAAACCCUUCACCCCCAAAACAGGGGUCACACACUACAAAAGUGAGGAGCCAUAUUUGCGCUCCGGUCGCAGGCAACGUUUGACAGAACAUCAGAAUGCCCCUGGGGUGGAAAAGCUGCUGUCGUGCACUGUAUGUGGCAAGCAUUUCCGUCAUAGGUCCGCACUCACCAGGCAUCUCCGAGUUCACACGGGAGAGAAGCCGUUCACCUGCUUCGAGUGCGGGAAAUGUUUUGCACGAAAGAUCGGGCUGGCCAAACACCAGAGAGCACACCAAGGCCAGAAGCCUUUUUGGUGUGGUCAGUGUGGGAAAAGAUUCCAAAAUUCAGCAGGUCUGGCCAGGCAUCAAAUGACGCAUUCUGGCGAAAAGGUUUCUUGGUGCUUGGAUUGUCUAAAGUGUUUCAAGGACCCGUCGGCUCUGGCCCAGCAUCAGGAGAGCCAUACAGAAGGGAAGUCGUUCGAGUGCGCAGAGUGUGGGAAAAUUUUCAGCUUCAAGUCAAUGCUGGUCAGCCAUGAAAGGAGCCACAGUGGUGAGCGGCCCUUUUCCUGCACCGAUUGUGGGAAAACAUUUCUGCAAAAGGCAGCAUUGGUUACCCACCUACGGAUUCACACGGGAGAAAAACCAUUUCGCUGUUCAGAGUGUGGCAAGCAAUUUACACAGAAAGGACAUUUAGCUAAACACGAGAAGACUCAUGUCUAGGGAUAUUAAAAUGCGGACUUCAAGGAACUUCACCAAUGGCAAGAGAGAGCUAAAGGUUGCUGCUCAAUGUAAAAAUAUACCACAUGUGGAAGAACCAAAAAAAAUUUUUUAGAAAUAUACUGAACCUAGUUAUAGAUGGGUCAAGAGCCUAGAGUGACCCAAUCCUUAGUGGCUGG